UCCCGGGCGGGGAGAGCCAGAAAGCAGCCGGCUUGUCGCGCGGCUCUUUGACAAGCGUCUGCAGGACCGGCUUAGAGCAGGGCGCGGUAGCGAACUGGAGGCUGGGGACGGCCAGGAAAAAAAAAUACUGCUGACAUGAAUCACCAAGGAUAUGUUGCAGCACCUCCAUAUUCCCAGUCCCAGCCAGGAAUGGGAGGGUUUUCUGCUGGUUUUGGACAAACAGUCUCUUCACCUCUGCAUGGACACUAUAAUGAUGCAAAUACAGCAACUUCUACAUCUCAGUCAGGUGUAUUGAAAACAAAUGUGCCUUUUGGAGUUCCUCCUGUCAUUGGAUCUCCACCUCAUAGCCUCCACCCACCUAAGCAGAUUAAUUUCCAGAAUGGACCUGGCACUGCAGCAGCACAGCAGCCACCCAGAUUUCCAGCUUCUCCAGCUUCUUAUCCUUCCUACCAUCACUCUUUACAGUCCUACCCAAAUAGCCCUCCUCGGUCUACAGUACAGCUGACAAAUCAGCUUGGCAACAUGCAAAUACAUAGUUAUG